UCUUCAACAUGAAUCCUUUGUUGAACAAGACUGCUCUCAUCACCGACGCCACUGACGGAAUCGGUAAGGCCAUCUUAGAAGAGUUAUUGUCGAAGGGACUCAAAGUCAUCGGUCUCGCCCGCGAUAUAAAUCAGCUAAAGCUGCUCGCGGAAGAACUGAAAGGCAAACCCGGCAAACUCUAUCCCCUUCAAUGCGACAUGAGCCUUCAAAACGAUAUUGAGGGCGCAUUGGAAUGGAUAGAGAAGAAUUUGGGAGCUGUGGAUAUUCUGAUAAAUAACGCAGCUAUCAAUCUCGAUUGGUCCACUCUCACCGGCGCAAUAGAAGACCUUAAGAAAACUCUUGACAUUAACAUAAUUGGUUUAAUGUCUAUCACCAAAGGAAUUUUGCAGUUAAUGAAGAACAAGGGACUCGAUAAUGGUGCCAUCGUUAAUAUCAACGAUAUAUGCGAUCUCAAGAGCUUGCCUCUUGCUACCGAUCGUCCCAUUUCCCCGGCAUAUGCUUCCAGUAAAUCCGCGUUGACCACGUUGACCGAGUCUCUUCAUUUGGAAUUGGCACAAAACGAGUCCAACAUCAAAAUAAUCAAUAUUUCUCCGGGUUUAGUGGAAACCGACCUUACGCAACAGUGGCUGAAGGAGAAUCCACGAUUAGCCCUGAAACCGAAGAACGUGGCGGAUGCUAUCCUCUUCUCGUUGCAAACUCCGGAGAAUGUGCUUAUUAAGGAUCUGAUUAUUACGCCUAUUCGAGAGAUUAUUUGAACUAAUAUUGGAUGAAAUCGAUGCCUACGAUGAAUAUUGUAAUAUUUAGUAAACAUAUCACGUAAAGGAAAAUCAAAUAAAGUGCUUAC